CUUCUUUCAGUUAACACCUCAAGAGCGGAAGGAAGAGUAGAGGUCCAGAGUGAUCAAGUGCAUGUGAAUAAUUUUCGUACUGCCCUCAAUUCAAAGUGGCAAUUUGGGCAGGUAUUAUUUCUUAGGAAAGUAGUACAAAACAUACAAGAACCAUCAAUAAGAAAAUUUAAUUAAAUACCAGAACAUUUUUUCCUACGUUUAUCUUAAAGCUAUUUUAUCAUCAAUUUUUUAUGUUCCAUUGGUUUCCGAACACCUUGAGAUAAAUUCAUCACUAUUGAGCCUUCAAAAUCAUCAACUUGGAUUAGGUUUACAAAAUUAGUGCUUUUUCUCUUCCUUUCCUUUUCUCCAACUGCGUCUCAUUUUUUCAUUGGUCAAUGUAAUAAAUGACACUAACCUGCUACAUCCUACUUCCAACAAAUUUUCAUGAAUUCUCGUUUAGUCAAAAUAGAUUACCUCCCAGAUGAUCUUUGUAUUUUUUGUAGAGAUAGUUCCGAAACGGUUCGUCACCUUUUUCAUGAUUGUUCUUAUACUAAUCAGUUUUGGAAAGCUUUUAAAAUAAUUUGGUUUGAGUUUUCUGGUAAAAAUGUCGAACUUACCUUGCAAGAUAUUUUAGUAGGUAAAAUUAAUGUUCAAAUUGCAAGUUAA